UAUUAAUUUUUUAUUAAUCACUCAUCAGUCACCAGUACCACCAUAACUAUGUCUUUCACUCACCUUUUCCAGUAUUCUACUUCAAUUCCUUUUCAUCACAUCAAAUUAAACCCUAGAAAUUCAAUUUCUACUACAACUAAUCUCAAAUUCGCAAAAAAACCUUUUCCAAAACCAUGUAUUUCCCUAAAUUCCUCUUCAAAUGAUUCGAUCUUCUCUUCGUUUUCAUCUCUCCAAUCUAUUAAACCCUAUAUUCAAUCUGAAUGGAAAUUGAUCCUUCAAGGAUGGACAUGCAGCGCAGUUUCUGUCUUUUGUCUGUCAAAAAUUGUUCCUAAAGCCGGCAAAAUCUCCUCCAUUUUGUGCGAUUUUGAUGCUAUUAAAUGUGACGGUGUGAUACUUGCUACGUUUUUUGUUAUUCGAUUGGUGACUAAUUACUUGCAGCAAGCGUUUUUGUUGGAGGCUGCGGUCAAUUCUGCGUAUAAAAUUAGGGUACAUGUUUUUGAGAAGGUUUUGGAGAGAGAUUUAGUGUUUUUUGAAGGCGGUGGUGAUCCUGGGGAUAUUCCGCACCGGAUUAUUUCUGAAGCUGCAGAUGUUGCUGACACUGUUUUUGCUCUUCUCAACUCUAUAGUUCCUAGCACUAUCCAGCUAUCAGCUAUGGUAGCACAGAUGUUGGUCAUCAGCCCAGUUUUGACCACGAUAUCUGCAUUGGUCAUUCCUUCAGUGGCACUUGCUAUUUCUUUACUUGGUUCAAAACUUCAAAGGAUAUCAAGGCAGGCACAUUUGAGUUUUGCUGCUCUUUCCACAUACCUGAAUGAGGUCCUCCCAUCGAUCCUUUUUGUGAAAGCUAGCAGUAUGGAGUGGACUGAAAGUAUCAGGUUCAAGAGACUUGCACAUGUGAACUUGAUUAGGCAAUUGAAAAAGAAGAAAAUGAAGGCUCUGAUUCCUCAAAUUGUGCAAGCUGUUUAUUUUGGAGCUUUGCUGACUUUUUUUGCUGGAUCACUUGUUUUCUCUCGGGGAUCCUUCAGCACUUGCAGCUUGAUAUCGUUCGUCGCUUCCUUGGUCUACUUAGUUGAUCCUAUUCAAUGUGUUGGAAAAGCAUACAAUGAGUUAAAGCAAGGCGAGCCUGCUAUUGAGCGUUUGUUUGAUCUCACUAGAUUCACACCUCAGGUGGUUGAGAGAUCGGAUGCUAUAGAUGUAGAUUCCAUCAGAGGAGAGGUGACAUUCUGUGAUAUUUCAUUUCAAUAUAGAGAUGGCUUACCCUUUGUCUUGAAUGGGAUUGAUCUCCACAUAAAAGCUGGUGAGAUUGUUGCUCUUGUGGGCCCAUCAGGAGGAGGAAAGACAACAUUGGCUAAACUUCUUCUUCGUCUUUAUGAUCCCUUGCAUGGUUAUAUACUAAUUGACGGACUUGAUAUUCGAAGUUUUCGGUUGGAAAGUUUGCGGAGUCAUGUUGCUAUUGUCUCCCAAGAUAUUAUGCUGUUUUCAGGAACAAUUGCUGAGAAUAUUGGCUACCGAGAUUUGAUAAAAGGAAUUGACUUGGAGAAAGUUAAGCUUGCCGCAAAAACUGCAAAUGCUGAUGAAUUCAUCAGUUUGCUUCCUAGAGGGUACGAAACGAAUAUUGGAUCAAGAGGUUCAACAUUAAGUGGGGGCCAAAAGCAAAGGCUUGCAAUAGCUAGAGCAAUUUACCAAGAUUCCUCAAUUUUGGUUAUGGAUGAAGCGACUUCUGCUCUGGAUAGCAGGUCUGAGCUAUUGGUGCGACAAGCUGUGGAGCGUGUGAUGAAAAAUCAUACCGUUUUGGUCAUUGCUCACCGGCUCGAAACUGUUCUAAUGGCUGAGAGGGUCCUCCUCCUAGAAGGUGGUAAACUGAAAGAGGUUGAUCGCUCAAUUCUGAGCAACAAUUCCCAAAAAUUGCAAUCAUCGGCCAGUCUUGUCGUAUGAAGUGGAUCACAAGAGGUUUUUAAUUAUAGAAAUGACACGCUACCCCUUGUCUCGUUCGUGAACGGCAACUUAGUUUUCAUGGCUACUCUCGUGAUCAGGAGAAAAAGUUUUUGGGUCGCUAAGUUGAAGUUAUUGGUUGCAUUUUUCCAGGUCUAUCUGGGAAAUUGGCUUUAAGUUCCUCCUAUCCCACAGAUUUUGCUAACUUUUCCUUUUUAUUCACAUAUUAAAUCUUUUUAUCUUAACUCCACAUUUCUCUCAUUUCCUCAUUAAAAGUUUCUUAGUUUGCUCACAAAUUAUACUUGUAGCAAAAGACAAAGGAAGUAGGAUAGAGAAAGAGUUUUCGCUUCUCUUAGACAUUGUACAUAUAGAUGAAUAUAUGUGGAUUACAGGUUAUUUAGAGGUAUAAAAAGAUGAAGGAUUAGAUGGAGAACAUAUGAGUCCUUUUGUGAGUAGCUAUACUUACCGUAAUUUUUGAAUGCACCAUUUCUUCUAAUAAUGCUAGCUUUUUCGGGG